UUUGUUGCGAUCAACAUGAAAGUGUUUGUAGUUCUUGCUUUGGCUUUGGCCUCCGUCUCAGCUGGUUUGCUGCCCCAGGGUGCUCCUGUGCAUCCCAAGGAUCUGUCCGUUGCCGUUGCUCCCAUCCAGGGACGCAUCACCAAUGGCCUGACUGCCUCCGAGGGUCAGUUCCCCUACCAGGUGGGACUUAGCUUCAGCAGCACCAGCGGUAGCUGGUGGUGCGGCGGCUCCAUCAUUGGCAAUGAUUUCGUUCUGACUGCUGCUCACUGCACCAGCGGUGCUUCCGGUGUGACCAUCUACUACGGCGCCACCGUCCGCACCAGCGCCAAGUUGACCCAGACUGUGUCCAGCUCCAACUUCAUCCAGCACGCCAACUACAACUCCAUUGUGUUGAGCAACGAUAUCUCCCUGAUCAAGACUCCAUCUGUCACUUUCACCUCCUACAUCCAGAAGAUUGAGUUGCCCGCCAUUGAGAGCACCUACUCCACCUAUGCCGGACAGAAGGCCAUCGCUUCCGGUUGGGGCAAGGUUUCCGACUCCGCCUCCUCUGUUGCCUCCACUCUGCAAUACGAGACCUUUGAAGUUGUCUCUGUCUCCGUUUGCCAACAAACCUAUGGCUCUCUGAUUGCCACCAGCAAGGUCAUCUGCGUUGCUACCCCCAACAAGACCUCCACCUGCAACGGUGAUUCCGGCGGCCCACUGGUCCUUGCCAGCAACAACAAAUUGAUUGGUGUCACCUCUUUCGUAUCCAGCGCCGGUUGCGAAUCUGGUGCCCCAGCUGGUUUCACCCGUACCACCAGCUUCUUGGACUGGAUCCAGCAGAACUCCGGUAUUGCUUACUACAGAGAAUCAUACAAUCCAAUCAACAUGAAAGUGUUCGUAGUUCUCGCUCUGUGUGCUAUUGCAUCGGCUUCUGCUGGCGUUUUGCCAAAGACGACUCCCAUCCAUCCCAAGGAUAGGCCCGCUAAUGUUGGCUCCAUUGAAGGACGCAUUACCAAUGGCCAGUCCGCCGACGAUGGUCAAUUCCCCUACCAGGUCGCUUUAAGCUUCUUCACCACCAGCGGUUCUGGCUGGUUCUGCGGCGGUUCUGUCUUAUCGGAAACAUGGGUUCUAACUGCUGCUCACUGCACUAGUGGUGCUAGUGGUGUUACCAUUUCCUAUGGUGCCACCAUUCGUGCCCAACCCAAAUUGACCCAGACUGUGACCAGCGAUAACUUUGAACAGCAUGAAAGCUACAACUCUCUGCUCCUGCGCAACGACAUCUCUUUGAUCAAGACGCCCGCAAUCGCCUAUACUACACACAUCAACAAGAUUGCCCUGCCUGCUGUGUCCAACACCUACUCCACCUAUGCUGGCAAGAGCGCUAUUGCUUCUGGUUAUGGUUUGGAGUCGGACAGUUCCAGCUCGGUUGCCUCCAAAUUGAACUGGGUUACCCUUCAAAUCGUUACUAAGGAUACUUGCGUCAGUGCCUAUGGCAGUCUGGUUGCCACCGACAACAUUGUUUGUGUUCAAACCACCAACUCCCAAUCUACCUGCAGCGGUGACUCUGGUGGCCCAUUGGUCCUGAGCGACGAACCUAUCAUUGUUGGUCUCACCUCAUUCGGCUCUUCGGCUGGUUGCGAAAAGAACUACCCAGUUGGUUUCACUCGCGUCACCAGCUACUUGGAUUGGAUCGUAGCCAAAACUGGUAUUAAAGCCUAAGUUGUUAUGAUUUUUUCACAAAUUUUCCAAAUAUAAUGAAUCAGCACUAAACAAAAAAAGAA